AGAGGCGGCUUGCGUUGACAGCGGUUGUUGGUACUGACUGAGCGAAGUACGGCGGCACAAAUAUCGCUCGUCCGUCUGUCUGUUUUUCUUUAAAAAGUGCUUUAAAAGUUGACAGCUGCAAACAUGCAGUCCGAAUCGGGAAUAGUUCCCGAUUUCGAGGUUGGAGAGGAGUUUCAAGAGGAGCCGAAAACGUAUUACGAACUGAAGAGUCAACCCUUGAAAAACAGGUCAGUUGUUGAGCUGAGGGGACAGUUAUUUCCCACGCUGCAGCGGUUUUUGUGUUUGGGUGAUAAUGAAGCUGCAGACUUUUGUGAGAGUUGUUCCGAGUCUGUGCAUGUGUUAGUUAGGCUGGGUCACUGAUGUUUCUACAGCUUCAGCUCUGCACUGGGAUCCAACUUGCCUGUCAUUCCUUAUGGUUUUCCAGCUGGCAUGAAGUUAUGCAACACUUGGGUGUUGUCUUGUCAACAUCAACUUCAAAUAUUAGCUCUGAGAGGAGCAGACAGGUCAGGAUGAGAUGCUGCUGCUGCUCUGCCUCACUUUUCUUCAUGGUUGAUGUGUAUGAUAAAGCUGAUGGGUGGCUUUGUUUUUAUAGGGAUUCUCCAGGCAAAUACCUCGACAUGGUUGUAAGAUAUACGUGGGAUGUGUCACAUUAUGUCAUGCUGUUGAUGGUUGGACUUGUGAUUUAUGAGUGUUUCUUUUAGGUUGAGAUUAUACUAUGAAAUGCACUUAAACAAAAUAAACUUGUAGAAAGUGUCAGACCUUCAAAAAGCUGCAGAAAUUGUACUAAAUCUUGAGAAAACAGACCCUUUUCAACUAAUAACCUUGCAGCAAUUAAUAGACACUGACCUAUGUAGCAGUGUAUUAACCUGUUUUGUUAAGACUAUCACUAUUUACAGGAAUGGGAGGUGAAGAAUCAUCACUGAGUUGAGUCAGGUCUAUGUGGUCUGAUAUAACCUUUCAUCCUAUUUCUGGAGGUAUGUGAGUGUGCAGUCUGACUCUCCUGUUAAUGAUUUCACAUUCAUGCGGUUGGUUCUGUCAAAUUGCUCAUUUAAGUCCAGGAGGCAAAAAAUGAAAUGAAAGAAUUUAUCAAUCUAGAGGAGGAACUUUGUGCUUUCAUGCUUUGUGUUAAAAGUAACCAUUCAUAUAUCUUUGCAGCAGCUGAAGCAAGCCAUAGAAGCCAUAGUCUUUUAAAGCUCCUCUGAUGAGCUUUCACUUUGCUGCAGUUUUGGUGCCCCUCCAUGGACAAAGCAGGCUUUGCUUAUCUUGACCUCUUCAUGCUCAAGUAGUGUCUUUCCCUCCUGUCAACUUUUUGACGAUGAAAUGUACCAUUUAUUGUGAAUACUUAUGUGGUAAUUGUUUUUAAAAAAGUCCCUUUUGGGGACUGACAUCUUUUCCCCUCACACCAGUCUCAAGGUCCUUACACACCGGGAACGACGCAAAUAUACGACUCAAAAUUACGAAAUAUUCGGAGACAAAUUUUGACACGCCUGACUAUACACAUCAAGCGCAAUGCGAUUUUGCGACUUUCCCAGGGGAAGAAACGACGCGAAUAGUCUGACACAACAGCAGACUGAGUGUUUUUCAGUUCUGAUUAGACUCAAGUGUUGAGAUGGCUGUCUGUCAUGAUAGCAUGUACUGAGUCGGGGCCAGUACCAGAUAAGCACAUUAAACUAUAAUCCAUAAACGUAAGGUAACAACCGAGACCUAAUGGUGCUGUGACAACAACGUGAGUGAGUUUGAGACAGUGAAAAUACAUAUGGUAUGUUGUAUCUGAACAGGUUAGCUUACGAGCUAAAGUUACGUAGCACUUACUUUUGUCCCUGAUGUUGUUGUUUGCUUUUGGAUAUCAUGAAAAUGCAAUAACACCAAUUUCAGUCUAUUUCAUAUGUGACAAAAAAAUCCCUUAUAGGAGCUUUAAAUAUGAUUUAAAUGCAUUGAAACCCAAGCCACCAUUGGAAGUCAGUAAUAAAUAAGUGUGAUUAAAUAGUUCUGUAUUCAGCAGCAGUAGUUAAAAAACAUUAUUUGAAUGAGGAGGUAUAAUGUUUUUUUUAUUAUCAAGUGAGCCUAAGUUUGUUAAUGGGGCAAGUUUUAGUGACAGUGAACUGAACUAGCCCGGUUGUUCCUUCUUUUUACACUUUUUUUAGCCAUAGUGUCGCAAACUAGCUUUGAAAUGAAGAGGAAAAAAAACUGAACUAACUUUUGGCACAAGAAAAAAAGUGAAUAAUUACUUUUGACUUAUCAUAAAGCACAUCGUGUGAAUUCCAACUUGUUAAACUCGACAAUUCCUAGAUACUGUGACCUCUUUUGCUUGACAUAACCUAAAUUCAACUUAAUUACCAAAUAUUACAGCCCGUAUGAUAAUAUAUGAGCAGGUUUAAUUUAGGUUAUGACAAACAAUGUAGGUCUCUUUUCAUACUAAUGCAUCAUUAAAGCUGUGAUAUAACAGGCGAGUUGUGAAACUCACCACUUUGCCUUAGUGACGAUGACGACGGUGAUGACGACAAUAAAUCUAUUAACAGGACGGUGUGUGGUUAUCUCUAUCUGGUGUCUAAAUGUCUGUAACGUUGUUUAGCAGUAGCUUCAUUGUCAGGGUGAGACAUAGAGAAGACAGUACGCCACUGUGUGCAGACAGAGCGCUCAUUGCAGACGUUUGGUGGAUUCCUGUUAUUUCUUCCCCCUCUGGCUCUUGACAUUUUGUAUCAGAUUUAUAGUUUUAUCUCUUCUUUUCUCCAAAUGAAACCAAAACAGCAGUUCAGAAGGGGGGAAAAACAGUUCAUCUUGUGCAGACUUAACCUUUAACCCAAUUCUGCAUGUUUUAAACCAAUUUCUCCAUUAGUGAAAUGUCAUUACAGUGUUGCACAUACGUGGCCUGAAUCGGAGCCGUGUUGUGUUGUGUUGCUGCAGUCGGAGCAGCAGUCUCAGCUCUGGUUCUGGAUGAUCACAGAUUAUUUCAUUUCAUGCCGUUUACUCUGGAAUAUGUGAAGUUGUCUGAGGAGUUGUUGUGGAUUGGAGGUAUCCCACUUCCUCUUCCCAUCACAUGAGAAUGACCCAGCAAAAUAGUAGUCACGAGGACUGUAUGAUGAGACAUUGUUGCGCAAAAAAAAAGGAUAAAAUUAGCGUGAUUGAUUUUUUUGACUCGUGUGAUGUCUUGCCAUGUCCACCCCCACGCUGUUUCGAAAUCCAAAAUCCAAAGUGUGGCAAAAUCAGAUGUCAGUACAGUUUUGCUGUCCUUGUAUGAGUUCGACAGCACGCACAGACAGCUGCAGACGAUGUGACAGACUCCUUGUGCCUAAUAUAGAUGUGAGACAGGCGCUGGAGCUAGUCUUCUAUGCAGUGUAAAUAAGCUGUAUAAAUUUAGCAGUGGAUGUGUUAUAUCCUAAACCGAGAGUGAUGGGGAAGUUUUUUUUUUUUGACAUGCUGAACAUUCAAGCAUGAUCAGUCAACUUCAGACUUGGAAUUAGAGAAACUUAGUUUAAUAUGAGGAGUGUAUUAAGCUGGAAACUGUGGUGGAGACUGUCAAAUCUUUGUAUAUAUUCAGUUUGACCUCCAUCACCCCUUAUUUCCUCUGCUCAUUUCUCAUCACAUCUCUGUGUGUCUCAUAUCUCCUAAACAACAAUAUGACAAGCACUUCACAUUUUUUAAAACCCAAAUAUUUACACUUCAUUUUUUAUUUUUAGUUUUUACAGCCAGCCAGAAAUCAGAACACUUUAUUGAGCCAACUCCAUCAACUUGAUAAAAACACAACAUUAAAGCUACUAUGGGGAAUUUUUUUAGGUUUUCGAAACAGUUUGUUAUUCAUAUAGUUGCCUUUUUAGAUAUCCAAAAGCAAAACAAGACAAUCAGCAAAAAGAUUGAAGAUUCUUAUAUCCUCGAUUUAAAGCCUGAAACUGGUAUGAGGAGGUAGGUGUCAGCCCGGCAGCUUAAGAAACAACCCUUGUUUUCAAAAUUUGCAAAUGAAAUACUCACAAUAAAAAUGUCAUCCUGUUGACUUCCAGUACACAAAUGCAUCAUUUAAAUCAAAAAUUACUAGAGGAUAAGAUAAAUGAUGACUGCUUUAUCCACAGUGGGCAGCAAAUUUUUUUAUUGUGUCAAAAAUGAGAAAGGCAAAACAAAAAUGAUGCAUUAUCAGUAUGACACUAAAGUUUCUGACACACAAGGACUGACGCAAAUAUCCGACGGGAAAUUACAAAAUAUUCAAAGGUGAAUUUUGACGUGCCUGACUAUACACAUCAAGCCCGAUGCGAUUUUGCGACUUUCUGGGGGGAAAAAAUGCGCAUUCCUGGUGGAAGCGAGAAGACUGACACAACAGCAGACUGACUGUUUUUCAGUUCUGAUUAGACACUAGUGUUGAGAUGUCUGUCUGUCAUGAUAGCAUGUACUGAGUCGGGGUCAGUACCAGAUAAGCACAUUAAACUAUAAUCCAUAAACGUAAGGUAACAACCGAGACCUAAUGGUGCUGUGACAGCAAGUGACUGAGUUUGAGACAGUGAAAAUACAUAUGGUAUGUUGUAUCUGAACAGGUUAGCUUACGAGCUAAAGUUACUUAGCACAGAUGAAAGUUAAAACAAAGACGUUUAGCAAACUGUUAAAGCACACAAACUAUCGUCAUAUGAGAAAUCCGUCGCCGUGACUCUCGACGUGUUGUCCUUCAGGUCGUUAUCUUUGUAAUAUUUGUGUCUUUUUUAAAAAAGCACUCUGUUCUCCGACAUGUAAUCAGCCGGUCGGCCAUGUUGGAUACACCAGUGAAUCUGACGUCGCAACAACACGCAAUCUGAUUGGUCAGAAAUGGACACACAGUAUGUGAAACUUUAGAAAAUCAACCGUGAUCCGAAAAAUACAGGAAAAUGUCGCUGAUGCGAAUGCUUGUAUUGACAGGAUACGGGUUAAAAAAAAAGAUUGACGUCCGAAAUAAUCGCACGAUAAAAACGGUCCUGGUGUGAAAGGACCUUGAGUCCUAGCUGAACUGUUUUCUAGUUAUCGGCUCUUCUUUCAAUUCCCCUCUUCCAUCAAGGACUUGUAACAGGCUGUUGAGCUCCUUCAAUAUCCCUCCACUGAUAAAUCAUUUGCAAUGGGAGAAAUGAUCUCUGUGACUCUUCCCAAUCUCUAGCAAUCAUGUAACCCUUCUGAGUGAACUGAUCAUUCGACUCAAGGCCUACUUUAUUACUAAACCAAAGAACAUACAAAGGUCUCCAUGUCCCUACAAAUUCACCCUCUGAUCUUCCUCCAGUUUCGUUCUCUUGAGUUCAUUUCUUCCAUCUCUGCAGUUGUGCUUGUUGUUUCCUCUUUGUGUGUCAUGACAGACCAUAUACUGCCACCUACUGUGUCAGAAUGUAAAGGCAAUGAUUGUCAAAAAUCCCCAUUAUUGGUGGAUUAUUGGACCAAUAUAGGCAAGAUUUUCUUCCCAAAAUGGAGAAACCAAAGAUUGGCUGCAGAUUGGGCCUUUAGCAUUUGUUGCAAAUGCAAGGGUAGCACUUUAGUGAUUAAUGCAAUUGGUUCUUAAAGUCAGAAAAUAUUUAGCAAGAAGAAAGGAGAACAUUUGACGAACCAAAUUCAAAGUGUUAUUCGUGGUUUGGGAUCAAAAGUACACAAUUUUAAGUCUGUUGUUGUAUGAGGAGGAGUUGUAUUGAUAUUUCAUGUGCAGGUUGGGCAAAGAAAACACUUAAAAUGAGAAAGAGGAUAUGAUUAUAUGAAGGAAUAGGUUUCAAACAUGUCAAACAGGUUAACUGCAGUCAGAAAAAGCUGAGUCACAGAUUGGCGUUCAAGGGAGAUGGUGUCCGGACGGCCUGUUCCAGUGGGAAAUCCUAGACAGAGAUGCCUGAGACGCCAAAGAGAUGCAUCUCCAAUUUAAGACAGACAGAGAAGUGAGUGACACAGACAGGUGUUAUGGCUGAAGUGAAAGACAAACAGGGAAACUCGUUCUGCAGUCAUGACCUCUUUGUUGCAUCCGUGACCUUUUGUGCGGCACUUUUGAAGCCCAUGUGUUGUUUACAUUUCGACACGUGAAACGCUUUUUUUCUGUUCUGGGACUGUAGCAACACUUAGAAGUUGCUACACAGCAUGGAAACAUCCUAUGAAACCUGGAUAACAAAGCAGGAUCUGGGAUUUGGGGAGUAACAUGGACUUCUAGCAUGUUUGUAGUCUGAGUGGUUUGACGUACGCAGAAGGGAGAGCAAAAGUAGGCGGGACAUAACUCCUGUUGACGCCAAUCUGAGGAUGUUUUACGACUGUAAACCAGUAUCUGCAUGCUGGUUCAUCUUGUCCAGAUCAAAAGUUUCAAUGUGGGCGAUAAAUCAGCUUGACCAUGUGUGAGAUUUCCGGACUCCACCAUUCAACAGAAAUAUGUCCUCAUCCAGACGGAUGCCACAAAGUUCGUCAUAUUCCUUUUUACAAAUCUGCAUUGUGAUAUCAUGAUUUUAGCUAAACCGGUAAUUGAGCCGAAGUAAUCCAGAGUGAAUUUACUAUCUGCCGUUAAACUGAAGCAUAUGAGAAACAGAUGAUAAGGGGAAGUAAUAAACCAAAAAAAAAGGACAGCUGUUAUUUCACAGACGCACAUGCCACAUGGAAAGGAAGUCUUGGCUGGGAGUCGUUUAACCUCCCAAAAAGUUGGCAUCGGCUCCCAGAGGCAUAUAUCGCCAGAUGAUGGAUGAUGAAUGAAGAUGUCCUCUGAGAUUCACCGCCGUAAACGCAGCCGUAUAACUGUUCUUCAUCCAGCACGCUCGCUGUUCAUCUCCAGUUGCCACUCUUUAAAUUUAAAUUCACCUGGUCUGCACUCGCUCUGACCGAGACUCACUCCCAAUCUGUUAAUACUGGAGGGGUUUCAUCUGCUUCCCUACAACACUGACAAACUUAAGCACUAAAAACUUUGGCCUUUUUCAUUUUUAUAUUAAUUUCCUGUUUGUAGAUGAAAGAAUCGAAACUAUCACACACGCAAGAGAGCACAUCAAAGCAGCCCAAUAACUCAAUAAAUUAUAAAUAAUCCGCUCUGCAGCUGUGUUGCUUGUAGCCUCGAAUUAGUUCAACUUUUUCAAGCUUUUUUUCCCCUUAAUUCAUAAAUUGCUCUCGAUCUGUCAGUGUUUCACUCUGUUCCCUUUGGCUCGUAGCUGUUUGUAGACAAAACAAGGGUGAAGAAGUGCUUACCCACAUGUUGUCAUUCGUUUUUACUCGAAUUCAGUCAAAAAAAAAAGGAAUAAGUUUGUAAAAAAAUGACCAUUAAAAUGCCCCAAAGCCCAAACUGACAUUGGAUUAUUUGUUAAGAUCUAGGGCCCGGCCAAUUUUAGCCUGUUUGAGACUAAUCGGUAAUCGUCCAAAACUCAUGAUUUUCGCCGAUAUUUUCAGAAAUAAAACGCAGAGCAUAAAAUUUGGUUUCACUUCGAAAAUAUUCCGCCAUCUGAAAAGUUCCCCAACUUAUCCUGAAGAUGGCGCAGCGACCUCAUGACAAUCCUCAUCCACGAACUACAGAGUGACGGAUCUGAAGCAGGCAGCUCAGGGACGCACAGAAGAGCGUUGUCCGCCUCAACGGUAAAUAAACCAGUUUGUAAAAUACACAAUAAGUCAACAAGUUUUAGUUCAACCCACUUCACAAUGUUCCCCGCUGGGCUGGUCUCGGUCACGCCAAGUUAACAGUGAAGCACCAUGUAAAAUGCAAGCUAAAGCUAGAGUUAGCCAUCUGCUAUUAGCCUUGCUACACUGUUAGCCGUGCCAGUAACGGUAGAAUAAACAACAGUACACAUUACGUGAUCGAGCUACUUCUCUUACUGAGGCAGCUGCAUGUCUUCAGAUGUGACUGGAACGGAAAUGAGUAACAUGAGUUAAGUCGCGGAGGCACCGAUCUGCGGUGGCGGGGGGUAGUUGAAACCGCUUUUCUGGUCCAAGUUUGAUCAGUCAGUCUUCCUGUCGGCGUGAAGAGCAGUAGCCUACAGUAUAUCUACAGUAUAUAUAUAUUUUUUAUAACUUCAUAAAUAAUUUUAAAAAUUGGCUGAUCAAUCGGUAAUCAGAUUUUUUUCUCCCUAAUCAUUGGUAUCGGCAUCGGCCCCAAAAAAUUUGUAUCGGUCGGGCCCUGUUAAGAUCAAGACAUGCCAAAUGAGACAAAGAAAAGCAGUAGACUAUCACAUUUGACAAGUUAUUUUUUUUCAUUUUCAUCUAUGACAGCUUUUAAAUAUUAUAAAUAUCCAUGUGCAAUUAUCAUUUGGGGGGUUUUUUGCAUUAAAAAAAGCUUGUAAAAGUGCACAGACUCUCCAUAAAACCCUGAAGAUUAACUGUGUUAAAUUUCCCCAUCAAGUCAAGACAAGAGAUCUCUCACUCACUGGAGUUUUUAUUCACGGUUUUAUGUGCAAAAAAAAAGUGCGAGUCAUCUUUUUUUCGGAUGUAAAAUCAAUGCCAGCUGUUUCUUUUCCAAGUUUGAGAACAUGUUGGCCAUCUGUUUUACCACCUUUUGCAGAAAAUCAGGGAACAAAUCAGCCCUGAAGAGUCCCAGAGAGAGAGGCUUUGUUGUGCUUCUCAGACGAACUUGAGAGCCUCAAGGACUGAUUCAACUGGUGGAAAGUGCAUAAAAAAACUGCUUCCUAACUGCUCUCGGAUGGUCUGAUUUUCUCUUCAUUUAAAAGAGGGAGGAGCGGGAGAAGAAGGCCGUGCAGCUGAAAACAAGUGAAGGAUACCGUGAAAGACACAGAACCUAAUUAAACAAAUCGGACCCUGCAAAAUUUAAGCUAUCCCGACUGCACCAUUUUCUUGGAAACACCAUGAAAAGAACCUGAUAACCUUUCUUAGUGGUUUUAAUUUGUAAAAUAUGCCUCUGGUGUUUUUUAGGGAUGAAAAGGUGGUUGUUUUGGAGCUUCUUCAGACAUCAUAGGCUGAACAGGCAGGAGUUAGUUGACCACAGGGGCCGGUUUUACAGCGACUUUCCUUAGAAGAUAGAAGGAAACCAUGAAACUUUGAAUUUUUCCAAUUGAUUUCAUGCUGAGUUGGACUGAUCUAUAUUUAGAUGUUGGGAUGUUUGGGCCCUUUGUGGGGGAAAAAAAGACAUUCAAAGACGGCAUCUGCAGAAAUGGUGAGGUUUUUUUCACAAUUUGAUCACAUUUUAUAAUCAAGGAUAUAAAAGUCAGAUUCAUCACUGAUGCCAGAAUUUAUCCGCCCUACUUCUGCUUUUGACUUGGAGCACACUUCAGAGAACAUCAGAAGAAAAUCUCACUAAAAUAGUUUCUUAUAGGUCAUGCAAAUAUAAAAUUUAGUUAUGUACAAUAAACUCUCCACCUAUGACUUGACGAAUUAUGGAUGGUUGUUGCUGGUAAGAGAAAAUGUGUUUAUCCUGUCUGGUUUACUCAAAAGUUGGGUUCAGCUUGAGAGAAAUGGUGCAAACAGUUAAUCAUCAAUCAUUUAUAUUUAUUUUUAUUUUUAUUCAUCCUCACCUGAAAUAUCGGACCUACUUCAGUUAGAGCACAAGGAAGCUGAACAACUAGAAACCGUUAGCUCCUGUUUAGUCUGAAAUCCUGUUUAACUCAACAGGACAACAAAUGUAGAUAAAUACGAAAUAAUACAGUGAAGUAGUUUACAGUGCUAAAUGUUUUUGCAGGUAUGCAAGACCCAAAAUAAACAAAUCGCCCCCUCAGAGAUAAUGAAGACGCCUCAAAAUGUCAACAUUAGAUGAUGUAAACGUAGAUGAUUCUUGAUCGCUGCUUUGGUCUGGUGGCUGCACCGCUAGUUGUGGCUAAACUGCUAAUGCUACUCAUGCCGUCAGCAGUGACAGGCUGUGCAGACUCCGCUAGCAUUUUCACGCUGUCCGCAUAAUCACAUAACAUCUUCGGAGGAUGACUCAAAGUCACGGCUCACAUCUAUUUUGCUGCCCUCAGCUCCGCAUUUAGCUCCACGUUCGGUCGUUCUGUUUACUUCUCCGCUAACUUACAGAAGUGAGCAGGAAAAGCUGGACUCUGAUUGGCUGUUGUGACGCACAUUUCCUCUAUGUUUGAUCGAGUAAAUACGCUCACAGCUGAUCACCGUGAUCGAACUGAAAUUUAUCACGAUCAUUGAUCAUCAGUCCUACAUCAGGCCCAUUGUCACGAUACCCGAUCUAGAAUCUUCUUCAGUAUCAUGACAGAUACCAAUAUCAAAUAUCGGAUCGGUGCAUCCCUAAACAAAACUAUUAAACGUGUCGUUCUUUAGUGGGUUUUUGAUACACUCAGAUCUCUGUACUUGUGCUGACGAUUUAGGUGUUUCUAGAUUGUAUUCACUGGUGUGAUUCACUUUUAAGUUAAUAAACAACACCUGUUAUUCCGAAAUAACUGAAAUUAGUUGUUUUCAUAAUAUCAGAAUUGUGUUUUUUUUCCCUCAGCUGACUCCUUUUCAAACCACCUAUUAUUCAGCAUGUGCUGGCUGUCUAUUUAACUUGUCGCACCAAUGUAAACACUGCACGUCUUCCCUGAGUUGUUUACUUGCUGCAACAUCGGCCUAGUUGUAGUUGUUUGUGAAGUCUCUCUUCUUUUAAACACGUGUCAGUCUGGGUCCCAGGGGUGCGGAGCCUCCACGAUGCUAUUGUAGAUUUACCUCUAGCACAGAGAUUCUCUUGCAGGGCCGUCUUCAGCUGCGCGCACACACUGUGGUGAGAGCCUGAGAGGAUCAAUGUGCUGUCAUGUAGGGUCAUAAUCCCUGUAAGUAUUCCAGCUGUGAGGUCUUGUAGUCUGCCAGGAGGAUCUCGCUCUGCUUUAAGAAGAAAACACCUGCAGUCUGACAGAGAUUACAAAAGAAGACAAGAUGACAAUUGCGAGCUACCUCAGAGAAACUCCGGUGAAGCUUUUGGCAGGAUACUUUAACCCAUAAAAACCCAUGCUGGAUACUGUCUUACCACACUAUUGUAAGCCAAGUGACAGAAAUACAGUCCGUAUACUGAAUUUGAAGAUAUAGCAUAGACUCAUAUUUGGAUAUCUUUUUGACUAAGUGUGCAACUUUCGCACAUUUGAUCAUACUUUAUCUUAUGAGGGAAUUAUGCUCAGUUUUCUUGAUCAAUUAACCUCCAUAAGGGUCCCAGAUAUGAUCCAGAUUCCUGCAGGAAAUACCUCUGCAGUCUUGGGGUCUUGGUGCGGUGCUGGUUCGUCCCCUGUCACUGCUCUUACACUGAUCCCCUCUUAUAGCUUUGUAAUAUCAAUAAGCCAAUGUAUAUCCCCAUUUUUUCCAUAUAAUUAAGCAGAGUCAUGUUGAAGCUAAAGUGCACUGAGCUGAGAGAUGAAAGAGCAGCCCCUGGUGGGGGAAAGUUUUAGGGUUUGGAUAAAGUGGAAGGAAGGGUUAUGGUUAAGAAUUUUGGAAAGCUAUACUCCUAUUUCGAGGAUGUUUCAGUGCAGUUUGAGAGUGUCUAAGCUUUAUUUAAUAUCACCAUGCAUUAAACUAAAAGCCCUACCUAACCCUCCCUGAUUUGGUUUUUCUUAAGCAUUGUAUCUAACGUCAGAAAAAACCUCAGGAUUCAUAAAUUUGUUUAGUGAUUGCUUUCAUGUCCACUGUAGUGAUUUACUAGGUACCACGGCUUACAAAUAACUACUCCAUUAGUGAUUUUCCUGUGUGUAAAAUGUCCAUUUGACAUCUUUAAACACCAUGUUAAAUAGCAUAAAACAGUUAAAAGAUCAAAUGCCCGAUGAAAGCAUUUUUUGCAUUUCCUCUUUAAAAAAUAAGCAACUUUAUCAGCACAGAAAUAGCGCUGAUUUAUUUUUGGACAAUAAGCUGGUUGUUGCAGCUCUACAAGAAACAAGAUAUCCUAGAUUUUCCAUCUAAGGCUCUAAGUUUCUGUGUUUUUUAUCACAGUGGACCUCUCAGAGGAGAGAAAAAUCACAUUUCUACAAACGACUUCGACUUUGAUUUAAAGCUCCUGCAGGGGUUUCCACAAGUGCUGGCUGCCGGUCAAACAGCCAAUCAGUCAAGUUGUAACCCUUUAUUCCUGCACAUUAAAGAAGCACUCACCUCUGCUUCAUAUCACAAGGCUGUGCAUUAGUGUGUGUCUUUGCCCCCACCUUUUAUGCUUAGUGUGUGUGUGUGUGUGAGAGAGAGAGAUAGGGAGAAAAAGUGAGGUGGCAGGGCCCACAGUCAAAAUGAAACGAAAGACAAGAAUAAGAUUCUGCAGAGAGAGAGAGACUUGAUGCAAAGGAUGCUUUGUUCCCAUAGCUGACUACUCCAUAUGUUUGUGGAAAGCCCUGCUCUUGAGAUGUGUAAUGAGAGGAGGUACCAGUUUGUCCACAGGGGGCGCCAAAAUCCUCACAAACUGAAACUGUAAGGUAAAACUUUACAGGUUCUGCAGGAAAAAGUAAAAGUUUCCCUAAGCUAGGGGUGUGUCCCAAAUCACAUACUUCCAUACUAAAUACAUAGAUUUUUCAAAUUGAGUAUACUAAGCAUACUAUAUACUCAAUUGCGCAGUGCGCAAGUUUCGAGGGUGCAUUGCUGUCCCAAAUCGCAUACUUCCAUACUAAAUACUUAGAUUUUUCAAAUUGAGUACACUAAGCAUACUACAUACUCAAUUGCGCAGUGCGCGAGUUUCAGGGGUGCAGUGCUGUCCCAAAUCGCAUACUGCUGUGCGGCGCACUCACUGGAAAUGACGACGUGAUUUGCCUCAUGCCUAAACAUUUAUUUAUGAAAAAAUAAGAAAUUAUUUACAUAUAAAAAAAAUUUAGAACAAGAAAACUAAAGAUAACCUAUUUGCAUAUUAAACAUUUGGAACUCGGUAACUAAAGAUAAACUAAUUACAAAUCAAGCAUUUAAAACUAGAAAGAAACUAUUUACAAAAAACUACUUUUUAAAUAGAUUUUAUAUAACAUAAAAAAUUAAUAUAAAAUAUAAUAUAAUAUAAGAUAUAAAGGCAACUUAUCACUUAUAUCUGUACAAAGCUCCCAGGUUGACUCUCGCCAACUUACCAGCCAUUCUUACCGAUGAAAUGAGUGCGGGCGAGUGUCCACAGCCGCAUACUCAAAACUUGACCGAUUUGAGUACGUCAUCUGGGUACUUUUGCAUACUCAAUUUUCGCCUACUAUUCAUACUUUUUUCCAUUUUAAGUUGAGUAUACUCAAAUUUUAAGUAUUUAGUAUGGAAGUAUGAAAGUCCUACAUUUUGAUGAUAGUUGUACAUCAUUUGCAUGAAGAUGUUUGUUUAAAGCUCCUGUGAGCAACUUUUAGUUUGUUUGGUUGUUCGUUUUGGCGCCCCCAGAGGACAAGGCAGUCUUGACUUAUCUCAUUAUGGAAAUUCUUAAUUGUCUUCGGACAGAAAACUUCGUUCUGUUGACUCUAAACAGAAAAAUUUAUCAUUUGCUAUGAAAGCAAAGUAAAUGAUGGGGAUUUGUUGAUUUUUAGGAUUGAAGAUAUGUUCAACUUUCACUUUUUACUCAGAUGGUUUUCUUGCAUACAGGCUGAGCUCACAGAACCAAAAGUGAGAGAUACUACUCUCUUAACAACCAAAAGCUAUGAAUCUUUAUAUUGUAUCACUUUAAAGGCUUAAAUAUCAGAAAAAUGUCGAAGUAUCAGAGAUCUUUUUUCUACUACUGAAAUCUUUUCCAUAUUGACUCAGAGAGAAACAUCUUUGUUGAGUCUGAAAACCUUUGAAGGCCUCCAUUAUGACCAGGAAAUGGAUGAUGAAUCUACAGAGAAAUCAGUGAAGACACUGACUAAUGAGCAGACUCAAUCAUGAUAAUGCCAAAAAAAAAAUGGAUAAAUGAUAUUCGCACAAACAUCAUGUGAAGCAUCCAAAUGAAAUCAGAAAAAUUCAAUACUUAGAGCCACGGAAAUCGUUAAAAAAAAAACUUAAUUUCCUGAAAAGAAAAAAUAAAAACAUUUGAACAGAUGACUCUAAAGAGAUGAAGACUUUGCCAAACCUAAGUCGUCAUACAGCUGGCAUUGAGCUGGUUUCUUCUUGUGAGCUACUAAAACUCUGUCACAGGCCGUCCACUGAACAGCUUGGGCACAUGUCUGGAAGUGAAACAGUAUCUGAGUGGUUUUAAGGCAGCGUGUUGACGGGCAGUACAUCGCCCUCUCCUCUCAUCUGUUCUGCCGUCUCACUGGACGGGGCCGGUCCUCUGCCUCAGACUCUGAGCGGCGAUUGGAGAUUCCAGGCCGGGCCCUGGAGCCUCCCCCCUCUGACACACUUUCAGCGCUGCACCGCCGGCGUGACUUUCAGUGCUCUCCAAGGGCGGGUAGUGCACCUUCAGGAGAAAACAAACAAAUAUGGAGGCCGUAGGAGUGCAAGUGUACAGACCCUACUCAUUUGACACUCAGUGAGUAUUGAGCCUUGGGAACAGUGACAUUGUCGGUCUGUGUUGAAGCGAUUUGUGUGAGGUUAACAUGACUUUUUAACAUGGAGGGCUGUGUGCAGGCGGGAAAUUCUCCUUGUGCAGUGAGUUUUCUGCUUAAACUGGUGCAAGAUAAUAAAAGUUGUAACUGCUUGUUUUUGAAGUUUGCAGUGACUUGUUUGUUGGACUUUUGUUAGCAGAUAUGUAAUAAAUUUGAUCAUUUUAGCAAAUUUCCCACCUUUUUUAAAAUAAUUGAAAGGUUUUAAUUUAUCAAGAUGUAAAAAUUGAAUAGUAUUUGCAUGUCACUGAGGUUAAUGUCAUACCAUUAUUGUCCAUUAGGCAGAGCUCUUACCUUCAGUUAAUUAACAGCACUAGUGUUGGGGGUGCGUUUGUUUCUGUUUCCUUUAACAGCUCCGUAUUUUGACUACACUCCUGCUUCCUCCCUGUCUCUCCUCCUGAUGCAGAACAUCUCCUCUCCGGUUGCUGUCCAAAUAUCUAACAUGAAAACAUCCAACAGCAUCAGUACCCCGCUCUGAUUGUUGGACUAAUAAUGAGUUUGAUGGAGUAGCUCAGAGAGCAGAAUCAGAGGAAUCAUGAGUUGGGUGGGUGGGGCUCCACAGCACUGAACAUCCAUUGUUUUGUUUUUUUUUUUGCUUUGAGAUACUCACAAACAUGCGAGGAGGUGUACACACACACACACACAAAACACACAUACGCACAAGAGAAAAAAAGUUAAAAAGGACAAAAGAGCUUUUUAUGUGUUCCAGUGGUCUGUUUGGCAAAAAGCCACCAUACAGUGGAGAGAGGAAGGGACAGACAGAGAGAGAGAGAGAGAGAGAGAGAGAGAAGUGGAGCUUAAUUCAUGAACCCACUCGCACACAAAAACACACACGAGUCAAUCAGAUUAUCAGAAAUUUAUGAAAGAAAAUCACGAGAUGCUUCUCACCAUCACCAACUCACCAGUGAUUUCUAACUCGGAGACAAUAAAAGAAAAAAAAAAACAGCAGAUGUGGACACGCUGGUUUAAAGCAUUUUCAAGCUUCGACUUGUACAUUUUCAUCGUUGCCAUCUUGAUUUUAUGGAGCCAGUUACAGUUACGAUGGGUGGAUCUAGUGGAAGUUAACGCUGAAUUAAGCUGCUGUUCGCAUUAGCCGGCUAACUCGGUCAGCAGGAUGAAUCUGUAAUUCAUUUAAACUGGGAUGCCGUUCAAAUAGACUUAAAACAAUGUAUGACAUGAAAAAAUUAAAAGCACUCGAAGGAGUCCCCUAAACAACUAACCAACUAAUAACUAACUAACUAAGAGGAGCGAGUUACCUUAUAUGACCUAAAACAUCCUGUGAAAGGUACCAAUUAUUAUAAUUUAAAUUUAAAAAUAAACACCCUAAAAUAUGUUAACUUUGAUAAUUCAAGGUAGUCAAAAGGUAAGGCUUGAUUAUUGACUCUAAACCAGACCUGGGCAUUUAUGUUGCUUUUAUUUUGAAAACCUAGUUGUUGUUUUAUUUCCGUUUGGACACACGUGUGUACAUCCUAGAUCUGCAUUCGUGAACAGAGACAAGUUUAAACAUCGGCAAAAUAUUCGUAUACGCCUUAUAGUUGCAAAGUCUGUUUAUUAUAAAAGAGUUUAAGCUUGUUUCUCUCAGAAGUGGCUUGUAAAACUCGUGAGUCGCGGGUGUGCUUUUUUGGGCUUGUUUUUAACUACUAGCUGCGUAUUUGAGCUUGCUUCUCUGUAUGUGUGAACCCCUUGAACAGGUUUCUCAUGUGGUGCCAUGUGAAAAUUAAUUGCCCACCCCUGCUCCAAACAAUCAGACCUAUUUUGAACAAGUCAUUUGCCCCCUGCUGGUCGUUUAAGAUAAUGCAGGUUUAAGAAACUUCUGCAUUAAGUACUCUUGGAGGACUCAGAGUGUCAUAUCGUAGUUACUCAUUCUCAUUAAUGGUAUAAUAGAUGUAAUUUAAGAUAUUAAUAAAAGCUAUUCAUGUAAGACUUACAGGUCUUAUUUAUUAACAUAAAGCAAAGAUAUUUGAUAUAGAACAAAAUCCUUGAAUUCAUCAGAAUCUGUGGCAAAGGCGCUAUUGGACCACUCAUUUAACUUCUACACUAAGUCGACUUGUUGUGAUGUUUCCUCAAUGCACAUCUUACAAGAAUUGAUCAUGCUUAAAGAUGAUAAUGAAAAUGUAGCUCAUAUAUAUAUUUAUGAAUAGUAAUGUUAAUUGGUUUUGUGAACAGCUUCUUGCACCACCAGAAACCACUGAUUUGUUUGUAUUUUAACAGUAUAGGACCCUUUAAUUCUAGAUUCAAUGGUAAUUUUAAUCUAAUAUAUAGAUUUAUGUUCGGUUAAGCAGUGUAGAAAUCAGGAUGUAACUUUGUUUGAUGUAUUUAGACACAUCAAUUGUGUCUACGUCUUCUGAUGCACCGCUAACUCUUCAAAGGUUUGAGACAGAAACUGGUGUAUCCUCUCUUGUGCCUGGAAGCGCUGCUACACUUCAGGUUGUUGUCGUGUUCAGGGUGUUAAAAAAUGUGUCGGAGCUCCGAGUGCAGCUGAAAGUGUAAAGACGUUUUAACAGCUGGGACCGAGCCAGAAAUACUCUGAGUUUUACUGUAAGACUUAGAAGACGAGUGUCAGAGAUGUGUGGGGUAAACUCUGAGGGCAGGAGAGGUGAAGCUGGAGCUUCCUGCGCAGAGAUAAUUUGCACCCAAGUGUCUUUGAGCUGUUAAAUUGAGCAAUAUUUUUUCUGUACGACUGUACGGAAUCUCAAAAAGUAAAAUAGGCACACAGAAAAGUUUUCUGUAAAUAGUAGAAUUUAAACAGUACAGAGUGUGCAGAAACAGAGCCAUUACAGUUCUUUGGUUUUCUCUUAAUGCUGCUAAUAUUGCUUUUUUCAUUUCGUGCACAAAUUAAUGUUUUGAUGCGGUAAACAUCCUGAAGAGCAAAGACAGGUUCAGGCAGAAGACAUAUUAGGCUGCUACCUGUUUGUACACAAACAAAUGAAAUAUUAACAUGCAGGAUUUAUUACUAAGCACGCCCUGUGCACCCUUAAGCUUUGAAAAACAUGUUGACUGCUUUCCCUUCCCCACGAAAACAGUGCCAGAGUCAAUAUUUUGCUAUUUGGUGUUGUUUACAUUUUUCUUUGUUAGCUCACAGCCCUCUACACCACCACCAUUGUUAAAGCUCCUGUGAGAAGUUUUUAUCUGGCUAUGAAACAGACCCAAUUUUAUAUGCAUGUUUAAAUAAGGAGGCCAUCAGUGGCAAGAAGUUACUUUUUUACAUACCUGUAUGAGUCAGAUGUGUCAAUUAAAACAGACUUUUAAUAUAUUUUAUGUUAGAGAUUGAACAUUAAUAUUUCUUUAUAAAAUCAAAUGAUUAUUUACAUGUUUUAAAACUGCUAUACAUUCUAAAGCCGGUGACCAGACCACAGUAACCAGAAUAUUAGCCACAAAUUAUGUAAUACCAAGAAUCAAAACACUGACGGGCAAUUUCCGCUGCAUCCGGAACAGCUACGAAAAGGCCGUAUCUGCUGGUUGUAGCUGAUCAUAACCAUUUAAGUCAAUGUGUCAAUUUCCACCGGCUUCUUUCCAUUCCACUGCUAAUCGCCAGACUCCGCAGCUGAUCGCAAGAGUUCUGUUUUUUUCCAAUCUACUUUUCAAUCGACUGCUUAUAUGGUUAGCUUAUGUGGCUAAAGACAACUUGAUAUUGCGCGAUCGCACGUUAAACCGCGGGUUCUUGUGAGUUCUAGCGAUUCUUAAUGUCCGUAAUCCACCACGAAAUUCGCCUCACAAACGGAUCGGGUAGCAAUUGGCGUAAUAGCGAAAAUCGCUGCCGUUCCGGAUCGGAGCCGUUCCGAAUGCGGUGGAAAUCUCGGGUAAUUCAGAAAUGAAAAAAACAAAACAAUUUAAUCUCAAUUUUAAGCAUUGCUUAUUUUGAAAGCAUGGUUGAUGUCAUUACACCAUAAACUUUGCUAUGCCGGAAGAAUACAUGACUUAUUUUUUCGACAGUAUGAAUCUGAAUGUGUGAAGUAACACAGAUGAAGUAGAUUAAAAAAUUAGUAUUUGCUUCUAGUUUGUAGUUUGGUAUUGGAUGAAUUUAAAAUACUUAGGAAGGUUCAUUUAAGGAAUUUACUUGGCUACAUUCACCAUUUUGAAUAAGUGUUUUUUUUUUUCCAUGAGUAUUAAUUCUGACAAAAAUGUGCCAAUUAAUAAAUUAGAAAUAAAAGACUCAAGUUAAGAGGCAAUAUUCUUUUAAUAUAGGUAAGCAGAUCCACAUGCAGUCUUUAUGGUAGCGUUCAUUUCUUCUUCUUUUUUUUUUUCAAAAAAUUUUUAGCAUUUUUUUUGUCUUUUACUCCAAAAUAAAAUGAAACCACUGUUGUCUCGAAAAUUCAAACCCUUGGCAGUGAAGCAGAUUAAAUAAAGAAAAAAAAAAAGAAAUCAAAGGAUUCAGCUGUGGCAGUGAAAAAAAAAAAUCAACAUUAAUUCCAGUGACUUUUGUUCGAAACUUACAGGAUGAAAGGAAACACACAAUCGCCUAAAGUCACAUAGACAAAGGAAUUAUGCAUAUGAACACUAAAUCUGAUUCUAUGUAUUGGAGUAAGUACAAAGAAACAGAAGAAAAGGAGCUGUCGGAUUGAGGCUCCCAAACUACUGUACUUUCGGAGAACAAGCUACAGUCUUUGUUUUAGUACAAUUCAGUGGUCUAAUCUACUAUUGAUUUAUCCAGGAUCAAUAAUCAGUUUAAUGGGCUCAGCAUUGUCCUCGGGGAAUGAAUGGGGCCGUUUAUAUUCUUCUUAAAAAAUGAAAGUGCUGGGUGUUAUCUCAUUCGAGUUUAUGUAACGAUCAGAAAAUGUGGUUUAAUUUUACAUUGUUGAGUAUUUCUGCUCUUGUGCAGAGUUCAGCGGGUGUGGUAUCAGACAAUGAGAUUAUACGCAGCGCUGGGGGGAGAAUUAUGGUAUGUUAGGGGCUCAACACCCACCGAAAAAACGCUGUAGACUGAAAAGCUGUGUUUGACUUGGCUGGCUAAUUAGUGCGAUUACUGCACAGCUGGAUUGGCCAGACGUUUUACCGAGUUUUGUCAAAGGGAUCACUCACUCCAUGAAGACUUCAUACCCUCAACUUCUGCUUCAGCAGAGUCUCUCUAUUUUAGGACCACUGGGGAGCUGUCUGGGGAGCAGCCGUCUAAAUUUAAGAGAGUGGGAAAACUGAAGCAACCUUUUAUGUAAACUCUUCCUCUUUUUGUUGAGUUCACGUCUUUCUAAUUUGACGAGGAAAAAAAAAAAAGCUUUGUAAGCAAAGUUGGAGCCUCUCCAGAAUCAUCAGAAUCACAUCAUUCAAAGUUUUAUUGUGAAUCUAAGCGCAAAUCUUGGAAUUUAUGUGUCCAGGAAAUGAAUAUAAAAUGUUUUUCAGGGAAUUAGACUUUCACAAACAGCUUCUUUUAUGCAUUAUUUUGUCAUAAAAAAAUGCUGAUCAAAGUUUCCCAGAGCCACGAGGAAGACUCAAAAGGUCGUUAUUUGCUGAAUAACUAAAAUCACAAAGACGUUUUAUUUUCUUUGAGGAGAGAUGAAGAUCUGUUUCCAAAACAAGGCCUAGAUAACAGUUUGUUACUAGUUAUAAAAAUUUUGAAUCAUUAAAGUGCAUCUAACAACAGGGAGGUAAAAUAAGAUAUUCUCUAAAAUAAUACCUUAAUUUUUCUUUUGGCAAUAUCAAGGGUGGAUGUUGCUGAAUUCACACUAUUUAGCAGAUUCAUGUUCAAAGCAGUUGUUGUUUAAGGCAGAUUAAAGCUCCUGUAAAGAACUUUAGGUGCAUGUGAAUGUUGGCGCCCCCUAUCUAUCUAUCUAUCUAUCUAUCUAUCUAUCUAUCUAUCUAUCUAUCUAUCUAUCUAUCUAUCUAUCUAUCUAUUAGGGGUGGGAGAAAAAAUCGAUUCAUGGAAGUAUUGCAAUUUUUUUUUCAAAUUGAUAUUUUUGCAAAAAGAAAAAAAAAAAGAUUUUUUUUUUUCAAAUUAAAGAAUAAAUUUGAAAAAAAUGAUCAAUAAUUGGUUGAAAAUAGCCCUGUGAGAAAUCCAUAGUAAAGUUCUUAAAAAAUUAAUAUAAUUUAAAAAUUCAUGGAGAAGUUCAGAAAUUUCAUCCAAAAAGAAGAACUUUGGUUAGCACCCUCAUUUAAACUAUGCAUUUUUUUUAUAUCUUACCUUUUAAAAGAAUUGGAAUACAGAAUCGUUAGGAACUGGAAUCAAAACGAGGAAUCAGAAUCAGAACCAAAAUUGUUCAAAAUCAAAUGAUACUUUACCCUGGUAGACAAUCAUAAUCAAGAAAAUCGACUUUCGUAGAAUUGCAAUUUAAGUCAAAUCGGCAUCCAAAAAAAUCGUCGAAGAAUCGAGUUUGGAGAAAAACAUAUUGUCUCAGCCCUAUCUAUCUAUCUAUCUAUCUAUCUAUCUAUCUAUCUAUCUAUCUAUCUAUCUAUCUAUCUAUCUAUCUAUCUAUCUAUCUAUCUAUCUAUCUAUCUAUCUAUCUAUCUAUCUAUCUAUCUAUCUGUUGAAGCUCAAAGUUCAGGUUUUCCUUUUGAUCUCCACGCCUACACCCACCUUCAUGUUCCCGCUUUACGCUGUCUGCCUUUCCUUCAUCUUCUACCUUUUUCUCUCCCUCCGCUCCUCCUAAUCUCCCCGCUCUCUUCCUCUGCUUUUGCUUGACCUCUCCUUCCUCCUCUGACCUCCCUCUACCCUCUCUCUGUUAUCACUCUCUAACUUUACAUUCUCUCGUCUGAUAUCUUUUCUCUCUCUCCCUCUCUCUCUUUCUCUUUCUUCCUCGCAGCAGCCCGUCAGACCAGCACAGCUCCUCCAAGCCCCCGCUGAGCUCCUCGGCCAUGACAUCACGCAUCCUCCUUCGCCAACAGCUGAUGCGGGAGCAGCUUCAGGAGCAGGAGCGGAGGGAGCAGCAGAGACAGCAGGCCUCCCAUUACCCACAGAGCACCGCGGCACAGACCCCCGCCAUCAAUGUCAGCGUGCCUGCCAGCUUACCACCUGCUGCACAGGUGCCAAUGGAGGUGCUGAAGGUAAAAAAUAAAUAAAAAAUAAAAAAAAAACAGGUUUUUUUGGUAAAGAAAGGAGAAGGAAAUGUGUGCGCAACAUGUGUGACUAGUCAAGUUUGUUACAGUGUAAAGUUUCCACCUCUGGAUUUAGCAGCUACAUGUGUCACUUUUGCAGUCAGAGCGACCCAUGCAGAGCUGUAUUUAUAGUUUAUUGAGCCGUGAGUGUGUGUGCGUGUGUGUGUGUGUGGACACUCAAGCGAUUGUGGUUUUACUACAACUGAGCGUAAAAAAAAAAAAAGAAAAAAGAAAAAAAAAUGAGGGGAGUGAGCAAAGUGUGUUAAAAUGCGUAUAUGGGGAUUAUCUUUCCUGAGAGAAUUCCUCUUUAAUGCAUGCUGUGCUUCCAGCCAUUUGGAUUUAGCCAUCUUUAAUCCUAUUUGCUCAGCUAGAUUCACAUCUUUUCAUAGCUUUGAUUCGCUGGCAGUCUGAGGGACAGGAGACUGUUGAGAUUUUCUGUGCGAGCAGAGAGAGAGAGCGUUGUGUAUGAGGGCUCAUUUUUAACCAGCACUUUUGGUAAGUUUGACUGUUUUUCUGCUCAAUUUUUAGAAGAGUUUGUCAUUUCCCUGAAACGUUGAUAUGGAAAGUUUUUAUCAGCUGUGUUGGGCGCUGGUGGACAUGUGCUGCUUUUUGAGAACUUUUGAGGCCAGACUUUCUUUCUGUGGUAUUUAGCGCUCAGUUGUAUUAAAAAAAAAAUAGUUUCUGAUUGUUGUUGGUGAAGUUUGGAAAGUUUUUUUCUUUUUUUUAAACAAGUCGCUUUAACUUGAGUUUCGUAUUUGCUCUUUGGAAAUUUUGAAGUUGAUGUAAAUGUUUGUCAAGUUCGACUUGGUGGCGGCACAUGUGCUUUUUAUACGCUUGUCUAUAUCUACUAAGAUUGUCCCUUGUGGUGUAGCCCUCUUUUUUGUUUUUUGAGACCUUUUUAAAGAGUGUGGACACUUUAUAGAAAACUUUAUAUGACUUGAUUUGUUCGUUUUUCACUUUCAAGAUGAUAUCUACAAGUUCAUACUUGGCGCGAGACAAAUCAAGCUUGAAUUCUGUGUCAAAUUAGUGUUAGUCGCGUAGUAAUUGCUUCCUUUUGGAAAGAACAAACAAGGAUUUUUUAAUGCAUAACCAAGAGGAAAUCAAAUCAAAUUAAAAAACAACGCUAUCCGAGCUUUUUAGCGGACUGCAGAUCAUAGUUUGGACCCCUUACUGUAACGCUGUGAUCAAUCAGUGUGAAGUAAUGAUUUCUUAGAGCUGUUGAAUAAUCUCUGUUUAACCAAAUCCAUCAACAAUACAUUCAGAGCUUUCAUGGCCGCUUGCUCAGCCACACUUUCAGCACCCUGGAUGUGUGUGGCAGCAGCAGCAGCAGCGGCGCAGGACAAAUACAGUAUAUCCAUUGAAAACACUUCCCUCCUCAUGCAGCAUAAACAUUACUUGCUCCCCAUAAUCUGCAGCUCUUUGAGAGGUUUAGGACGCCCCCCAGCCCCAAACCCCUCAGCCCUCAGCGUACAAUACAACAAGUUAGAGUAAUGUUACUGCUUUGGCCGGAGCUUACAGACAUUCUUCAUUGACUGAAGCCCUCAAAUGAAAAGGCCGUUCCAGCUUGGCGCUGUUGAGCUGGGUUAACCUGCUCUCCUGUCUGUGGGUAGAUUAGCACAGUCCACACACAGCUCAGGGGUACCAGGCAGAGCUGCUGGACCUCAAAAAGUGCAAACAUUAAGCUCAGAUGAGUUUAUCUAAAGACUGAUUGGACCCUUAAUUAACCAAGUGACCUCUGACCUUCUGGAGAAUAAGUAAGGGAUCAGUUUAGGGAUCAAGACAAAGGCGAGCACAGCCUUACCACACACCAAACGCUAAUUCAGUGAAGAAUGCUCGUAAUUAGCUCCCACUGCUUUCAUUCCACGGCAUAUUUAAGAGAAAAAAACACAGCUUUGAAAUUUGUGUAGGAUAACUUCCUAAAAGGGUUAAAAAAUGAUUUGUAGAAUUUUUUCUUUUUUUUCAAAGGAUUUAUGCUGCCAUGAAAAGAACAAAGUGCCCGUCAAACCCCAAAGCACAAAUUGUACGUUUCUUUUGGAUUAUACAAUGAGUUGAGCUCGUGACUGGUAUGCAUCAGAAAGUAUGCAACGAUUUUUUAAUUCACGUAACAAGACGUUCGAUUAAUGUGUGGACAUUUUUUGUUCUGAACUAAAGGAAGAGGUUGCAGUUUAUUUGUCUUUUUAACACAUAUUUGGAGCCAGUGUUAUCAUUACAGACAUCUCUAAACAGUCAAUAAAUUAUCUAACAAACAAACAACUUCAGAUAUGAACAAGAAAAAAAGGUCGUCAACACUGACAAAAAAAUAAAUAAAUAAAAAAAGAUUAGAUAGAGUCAAAUCUUUAGGCAAAAAUACACUAACUUUGAGUAUUUAAAGCUCUGUGACUUCGACUUAGCUGGUUGUUAUGUCUGUAACUCUGUAAAUGUAUUGCUGCCUUCAAUCACAGUGAGGAUUUCCUGGUUAAAUCAAGUUUCAUACAUUCAUUCAUUUCAUUCCUUUUUUGAAACUUUUGGGUUGUCUUUUUUUAGGCGCCCCCUGUGGUCAAACUUUGUAAGUAAUUUUUCUGAUGAGAAGCCUCGCUUUUUAACACUCCUCCUGCGUUAGGGUCUGCACCGUCCCGUUAUUGUCUUUAAAUUCUCAACUCAGCUAAACUCAACUUUAUUUGUAAAGCACUUUAAAACAACCCCAGCUGAACAAAGUGCUGUACAUAAAUAGACAAAACAACGCAGACAUAGAAACAAUCAAAAAAUAAUUAAAACAAUGGACAAAAUAAAAGCAGAUAUUAAAAAGUAAAAUAUAGUUUCAAAGUUUUUAAAAACUAAUUUAAAAUCAUAGAAACAAAUAACUAAAAACAAACCAUAAAACACCAAAACAGGAGCCUCAUACAGGGUUGAAAGCCAAUGAAUAAAAAUGUUUUUUUUGCAUCAGGACUUUUUGACUUUGUCAGGAAACUCUAUAUCAAAAAAUAAAAAUAAAAAAUUUAAUUAACUAAAUUAUAAAAUGCUCUUAUUAAAAUUAUGGCACUUGUCGUGUUCAGGUCGCUGUUGACCAGGUUAGAUUUAUAUCUAGUGAUUUUAGUUUUGAGCAAAAACUAAAAUCACAAGUGCACUGACAGUCACCACACUGACAGUCAGAUCCUCUUCCAAUCAUGUGAGAUUUAGGAAAUUCUCAUUUUGCCGUUUUUUUCUCUGUACAAAAAACAACAUCAGGCAUGUCCAGACAUGUGAGAUCAAUUCAGUAUUAAUGUCUUUGUGAGGGGUAUACUGACAAAGAAAGGCCCAGAGGCCCACAACGAAAAAUAUUUUAAGCAAUAUUUUCAUGGAUAAUGAAGCCUAACAAGGUAACCUAGAGAUAAGAACCAAAUUGGAUGAUAGAGAAUUAUUUUUAGUGUGAUUUACAGCUGAUUUAAGACACGGGUUGAAACCAACCCUUAACAUAGUGGGUGCAUUGAAAAAGCUAACACAGGAGGAAAGUUAAAAUCUUAUUUUGCUUAAUGUGUUUAUAAUAAUAAAUUUUUGACAUGCAGUUUAAAAAAAAUGUCUGCUCCGUUUCCUGUAACACGGCUGACUGGCUUAUAAAAUAUUAGUUGUAGUCGUUUAUUCAGUCAUGACAACACCAAAUAUUGUACACAAUAUUGACAUUUCACACAAAAUCACUCAAUCAAGAAUCAUGUGUUGAAUAUUGACUGAGGAGUCAUAGGCAGAAGCAGACUGCUUAUAAAUGCCUAGCCUGUAUUGUCACUUUUUUAGGCUACCGACCUCCAGAAAAGCAAAGAAACCACAACAACAGAUAAUUAACUGCACUUAUAAGCUUCAAAAAUAGCUUUACAAACCAUUUUCUUAAAAAACAAAAAAAGAAUGACGUUUUUAGAUUUAUGUUGGCAUCAUUCAAGCAUUUAACUCCAGUCGUAAAUAACUAUAGAAAUAAAAUUGUAGAAAUACGAUAAAAAUAACUAAAGUAGUGAGAUUUUUUUGGUGGUUUUGUAAGCUUUUUUAGUUUGUUUGAAGUCAUCUAGUCUGUUUUAGGACCAGCUGAAAACUCCUUACAGGAGCUUUAACAGGAGCAAACGUAAACAGCACCAUAAAUCAUGACCCUCCUCCUUUAUAUAUGCCAAAGCUUCAUAUAAUCAUGUACUAAAUUUAGCUAUUAUCAGGAAGGCAAAACAGCUGCUCAUAAUUCAAACACAGAAUUAAAGUUUGUAUUUCAGCUGCUUUUGGCCAAACUUUUGCAUAACGCCAAGUCAGAGUUGGAGAAGUCCACAGGUGGCUGUGAAGUUGUAGGUGCUCACAUUAGCAUCACAGUUGUUGUCUGCAGCCUCCACAGAGCACAUUAGCAGCUUAACUGCGAGACAAAGUGGCCUAUUCUUCCAGCCCUGCGUUGCAAAUGAGGGCAUUCUUGUGAAUGUAUCCUGGUCAGACCAUCGUGGAAUGCCCAGAGCACGCAAGUUAAAACAAAUACCAUAGAGUGUCUUCUCCAAGUACAGCAGGAAGCUUUGUGCACUUUGCGAAUCUUUGGGUGGGGGGGGUUCUUUUGCGAAUGUCCGUGGGGAUGUCGACGGCUAAAAAAGCGAGAGACUAAACAAGUAGCUGUGUUGUUUGACGGCGCUGUGAGUUAAGUUGGCAGAGUGUAUUUUAGAAAGAGGACAUGGAGGGAAGUUUGGUAAAGUAAAGGUCAAGUGGAAGAUGUCUGUGUAAUUUACUGUGCUGCCCCUUUAAAUAGAGUUUAAGAUGUAUCACAGAGGAUGCUUAUAGAUUUAUGGCCAACGUGUCUCGGCUCCUUGUACAUAUGUUAUAGAGACAAAGCCCCUGUAUGAGUCCAGUGUCUGUUAAUGUGUCCACACUGUGUACUCACCAUGAAAAGGAAUCUGUUUCACACUCCCCGCUCUUUAAAAACAGAUACUCUUCUACCCUCAGACCAGCUCAUCACAACAAAAGCUGCAGUAUGUACUGACAAGGCCGAGACGUUCCACCCUGAAGCCUGCAGCCCCCGAGGUCCCUCAGUGAACUCAGCGCAAUGAGAUCAUCUAAUUAUGUGUGAUAAUUUAGGAAAUCCCUGAGGACAGAGAGGAGCUCGUCAAAAAAACACUGACGCUUGUUCGAAUCUAAACAAAACCAACAGAUUUCAGCUGCUUUAACACAUGAAAGAUCUUUUUAAUCUACGCAUUAACUCAACAAUUAGUCGAAUUUCAGGGCUGUAAUGAUUGAGUAUACAAACAUAAUCAAUCAGAUGAUUAACUUUUUUUGUUGCGUGCUUCUUUUUAGAUGUAUUUUCUCAAAUCGGUCAAUAUUUAAGAACACAUGUUUGACUUGCUGCAACCAACAACUUCUAUUAUCAAUUUUUUCGCUUAAUGUUUGCAUGGACGAUCAAUUUAAGGCUUCGAUCUGAUCUGUAAAAUUAGGUUAGAAAAUUGUGAAAUAGCUGUUUUACAGUCUCCUAAGGCCUUGCUUGACCUCUUCAAAUCGCUUGUUCCGCUUUACCAAAAACACCAAAACAUUUGAUAUUUGACUUUUUAAGGUGCCAGAAGUUUGCCGAAGAAGAUGAGGAUGCGUGUGCCUCAUAAAGAUUUUAUCAAUGCAUGUCCACAUUAUCAUUUUUUAGUAGACUCAUCUAUUUUCUCAAUUUUACAGACUAAAAUCCAACUGUUGCGUCUGCUGUAGUAUUUCAUUUUUAAUCCACAACUUUUUUUUUCCUCGCUUUUCUCGCCCUUAAUGACCUCUUUGUUUCCAUCCUGAGUGUUGGAGAAUAAGAGAGAGAGACAGUGUAUGAAGUCCCCGCAGUAAUCCUUUGUUUCUAAUUUUAGACAGUGACAGCUCUCACCUCUUUCAACAGAGGAGAACACAUAUAGAAAGACUGUGUCGGUGCAUGUAUGCAGGUAUGCGUGCAGGGCCGGCAGUAUUGGUUUCCUGCCUGACUGUCUGUCUGGGACACCAAAGAGAACAAGAGGUGAAUCAAAGAGGGGUUGUGAGAUAAUCAGCAGAGGAGGAAAGUAGGAAAGUUGAGUCUUUGCAGUCAAAGAUGUGGAAGUGUAACCUGCAAAAGAGACAAAAAUUACAGGAUAUCAGGAAUCACUGGGAUGCUGUUUAAACAAGCGAGAGCGUAGACAUCAGCAAGGAACAACCAUCAGAUUUAUAACAUAAGGUAUGAAAAUUUACUGUUUACUGUUACAACUAUUGGCUUUAGGGCAACAUUGGACUCAGAAACAAACCUUUGAUUUUUGCGGAUUAAUCCUUUAAUUUAUCGACAAUUGUGUGAUUAUAAUAGGCACGUGUUAAAUAUCUUUAAUAUUCUUUAAACCAGUAAUAAAAAAGUAAAAACAGUAAACAAAGACAAAGAAAUCAGACACCAGAGCGUCCUCUACAAACUACCAAACUUCAACUAAACAAUGAUCUUUUUUUUUUUUUUUUUUUAACACAACCCAACAAACACAACCUUCAGGCUUAUUAAAAAAGCAAGAGUGUCGGAAACACACUCUUGUCACACUUUUGGCGACCAGCUGUAACAAAAUGAAAAAAUAGUUCCCACAAAGAGGACAGCACACUCUGUAAUCCUCGAGGUCAGAGGGGAUGAAGGCUGGAACCAACCCGAUGAGACAGACAGGAUUGACUGCUUCAUGUAUGUUGUUACACCAGUCAAAGGGGAACCCAGCCUAAUUGGACAUGUAGACCUUUUUUAGAUUUAUAUGACUUACUUUGAUAUUUAUGUCUUUAAAGGAAAAAUACAGAAUUAGUUUAUGAUCUUGUCUCUAUUUGGAUAGAAGAGUUUUAAGGCAAGGGAUUAGAGAACAAUGAGACAAGGACUUUUUUCGGUUUGCACUUUUAAAAAAAGUUAAAAUUUUAAAAGAAAAAGUCAAAAUACAAUUUCAAGAAAAAAAAAAAAUGACAAAUUGAAUGACAACUUAAAAGUGGUAAUGUCACACUCCUGUGUUCAAGCAUCUUCUGUAUUUUGUAUUUUCAUUGCGCCGCAGUUCAUCGCUGUUUUGAUUCUGAUGGUGCGUUCGAGUUACCUCGGAAGUCAGAAGUCCGAGCUGAAAAUUACAUCACACCCGAGUUACUAGCGUUUCAUGUACUAAGUCGGAAAAAAGCAAGAUGAAAGCAAGAAAACAAGAUGGCUACAUCUACGAAAGUUAUUUUAGCGCUUGCCUCGUUGGAAUAUAAGGCAAUUUUCGUCGAUGUAGCCAUCUUGUUUCCACCUCCAAUUUGGCUUUUUGCCAACUUGGUUAUUGAAACGUUGGCAACUCGGGUGUGAUGUCAUUUUCAGCACCGACACCUGACUUCUGAGGUAACUUGAACGCACCACAAGUCUUAAAAGAUGCUACUCGUGUGACAGGAAAGAGAAAAGGCUUCCUUGUAAAAUAAUGCUGUGUCCGAAAUGAAUCACUCAGUCCCUAACCCCUAACCCCCAUAUGGGGUUUCACUAUAUAGUUGACUAUGUAGUGAGCUCAAUCACAGGAGGUUUCGGACACUACAUGGCAAGACGCAAUGCAUGGCGGGAUGCCCACCACUGGUGAGUGACCAUCAGAUGGUCACUACAUUUUGCAAUGCUCUAUGGAAAAUUUUGAGUCACUCAGGUUUCUGACACCCCUCAAAAUGGCGCUAACCCCCAUAUAGUCGCCUAUAUAGGGAUUGAGUGAUCCAUUUGGGACACAGCCUAAAGCUAUUGGUUCCUUAACAGAUGUAAACCAUUGUUGCCUUGGUAACAGGUUAAAGUAGGAAGCUUCUGUUUUCAUUGACCUAAAACUUUGAUUACAUGAGAACAAAAGGCAGAAAAAAACGUGUUAAUUUAAAAGUAUUCAAAUGUUUAAUCAGUUUCAUUCUUAAACCACUGGAAACAAAACUUCUAUAAGGUUCCUGGAAGUAAACAUAAAUCUAUCAGUUCCUUAGAUAAGCAAUAACCCAGACUCGUAAACAUGUUUUAAAGAGCCACAGUGGUAAAUGACGACAGUUCACACAGUCUGUACAGUUCCUCUCUGUCUUUGCUGCUUUAUUUUAGCCAGCUGCUCAGAUUAUAAAAAUAUGUUAUAUUUUAAAACUGGUGGGAAAAAAAUUUGUUCACAUUUUGGUGAACAAUCAUGAAUGGCCUAAAUUGUAUAAGCCAGGCUGCAUGUGCUAGUUUGAGUCUUAACAGAGCAGAAUGACGGACAGUGCGGACAUUUCUUUUUGUUGCAAAGGUCACGAAAGGUUGAGUGUUUACAAGUCAGAGAAGCAAUACAGAGAAACUUCUGAAAUUUUCCUGUUAAACAUGAUUUUUCACUUUUGAGAAGUUUAUUUCAGACUUGUUCUUUUGCUGAAAAUUGAGUUUCAACUUUUUCUCAAAAUUUGGACUUUAUUCAGAACAUUUUGUGAGUUUUUAGUGGCAAAACAAAAACCCUCUUCUGAUGUAUUUUUCCUCAUCUUUGGCCCAAAUACUCUUGUGUAAGUUUCCCCUCUCUCUGUAAGCAUUGAGGAGCGCAGAUACAAUCUAUUUAGGUUCACUCUCACUUCCUCGCUUCUCUGAUUGUUUUCAUUUUGAUCCACAUAUAGGAUCACUUCUUCAUUACUGUCCUUUUCACCGACACUUCACACAGAUUUAGGAAAAGGUUAGUGGAAAAGAAUGGAGCAACCAUGACUUUAAGUUAAAGUUACUGUCAGUCUAAAAAAAAACAUGCAAACUUAAAAAAAAAAAGUUUACUUUCAUUCAGUUUAGGUUUUGAAAUCAGCUGCACAUAACCUUCCUAAUGUGCUCAGUCAAUAUGGAUCAAUUUUGUUAUCCUUAAGUGUGGAUUUGGCUUAAACAAAACAUCUGAACUGUUACAGAAUAUAGAGAAACGUUAGAGACUGACAAACAAAAUAGAUUUCUGAUUCAUCAUGCAGAUAAAUGAGCACCUGAGGAGCACAGAAACAAUAAAUCAACCACCAGAUAGAUGAUUUGCAACUAUUUUAAAAGUCGUGAAAGUAUUUUAGGGGUUUCUUACUUAACAUGCACGAUCCCUCAAGCUGUUAGAGUGACUUUUUCCGAUUUUCUUCAUGUUUUGUGACAUAAUACAGAUAUUUGUAUGUUUUUGACAGUUUCUCAGAUAAGAAUGACCCCAAAGCAAUAAAUCAAAAUGUUUAAAAACUGACUUAAUCAAGAUACUUUAUAAGACUCCAGCUGAUGUGCACCCUUUCAUCUCCAAAUGGAGCUAAAAUUAGCGGCGGUUUAGCUGUUGAAUGAAACAGUUAAGUAGCAUUCACGGCUGUUUACCCAUUUCAACACAAUAACAACAAAAUAAUUGGAUUGAUUAUUUGUGGCUCAAGUAUUUCCUUCAGGAUUAGGUUUCUAAAUACUCUGCUGCCCUUUACACGCAUUCAGUCUAUUUUCAGGACCAGCGUCACUGUGGUCGAUUACGUGAAAGCGUUGCAUUUUUGGGAUAAAGUUGUGCCUGUGUGCUGCAGCGGACUGACGAUCUGAUAAAGAGUGGAAGUGAUGCUGUAGCUUUUAUCAGUUAUUGUAUGACACUACUAUCAAUUAAAGACUAUUAUAAGAACAAAGCGGAGUUUGAAGGGGUCUAUAAGUGAGCAGAUCUAAUGAAUCAUUGUUCCGCACUUUAGCACAAAGCGGCAUUGACGUGCUGUCUGUAUGUUUUUACCCCCCUCGGUGGUGUCAGCUUUACGGCCCUGUAACGACGAUUUACAACCUCAGGUGAUCUCAGUCAUACCUGAGGGAUAUAUGUUAAUGUUCCUCUCACAUGAGCAUCUUCUGCAGGACAAUGAUUAUGUCUGUGAGCAUGAAGGGGAGAGACUGUGAAAGAGUUCCUGUUCUGCUGCUGCUGCGGAGGGGUCAUUUUGACAGUCAGGGGAAGACAUCUCUGCCGGAUGUAGAUGUGAAUUUAUCAAAAAGUGCAAACACACAGGAGACAGGUGUAAAAAGUUUGUAGAAAGUUGUCAUUUGCAGGAAAUUUAAAGCUGUCUUUGCAUGAUUUUAAACAUAUGUUUUGCAAGAUUAUGCAACUUUGUUAAUCAAUUUGCAUAAAUCGGCUAGUAAUAAUACAGUUAAAUGCAAUUUUUCCUCUUUAUAAAAAUGUAAAAUGUAAAUAUUCUUUAUCUAUACAGCCCUUUACAAGUGCUUUACAAUGCAUAGAAAAUAAAAACGAAUAAAUUAAAACAAUAAAAGCAAUAAAAAAAGAGCAAGAUACAAUGCAAUAUUAAAAAUAAAUAGGUUUUUAAUCGGGAUUUUAACAGGCCCAUGUCAGAAAUAAGUCUAACUUCAGUUCGGAGCUUAUUUUAAAGCCUGGGACCAGCAUAUGCAAAGGCUUGGUCACCCCAGUGUUUGUGUUUUGACCUGGGCACCUCCAGCAGAAGUUGAUUUGACGACCUCAGAGCUCUACCUGGCCCCCCAAAGAGGCCGUUAAGAGCUUUAAAAACAAACAUUAAAAGUUUAAAAGCAAUUCUAAAAGAAACACUCAUGUCUAUUAGUCCUACUUGUUUGAAGUUGCUGUAAGGAGUCAAUCAUUUGAUAAAUCUGUUCAAUAAGCAGAGCCUUUCAGCUGUCUGCUGCACAACGCAGACUUAAGCAUAUUUCACAGAAGCAGAGGAAAUUUCGAGGUAGCUUAAGGUUGGUCUACCGCCGGUGACCUCCGCAGCUCCGUUAAUGAAGCUAAAUCCUCUGAGCUUAAGCAGAACAAAUACAUCAACUUAAAAAAUGAAGUUAUUCAUCACUUCCAAGACAGAGUGCUUGUUGUUCCUGCUUUGAAAUGUCAUUUAGAGACACGACCUGCAGACGAAAAAAGAUGUUACAGAUUGUAUUUAAUUCGAUUUUAAGGGGCUUAAUGUGCGUGCAGUAAUGUUUCCAAAGCAUUAGCGCUGUUAAAUGCACAGUGCUGGAGUGGGAACACACACUUAGCAUCCACAGGGUUAAAAAAAAAGAAAAAAAAAGUGGAUGCGACUAACAGAUAGCCCCGGGCAGGUUUCAGUAAAAGGGGCGGCCUUCUAAAACAAAGGCACAUAGUGUUGGCCCCACAUCCUGACAUCAAGUGAUACACCAUAAAGGAAUAAAUUCAGAUUUUACAUAAAACAACACAAAUCUGAAAAAGCUCAUUGUGCUGCGCUGAGAUUCCCUGACAUGCAUAACUAAUGACUUUUUCUUGCCUUUUAAAAGAUGAGCCUGGAUGUGUCUGUCCUCAAACUAGCAGGCUCAGUCUCUCCUGCUGCAUCCAAGAGGGAAGCAGCAGCCGCGCAGCUUCCAUUAGACAGACUUUUUACAUGCUUUAUUUUUUUUUAUUUGUAACUAGAAAAGUCGCUUUUACUGUUUCACGAUGCUUGAGAUGCUCGGAUACCAUCAUUACGAGGUAUGUCUAAAAUCAAAGUUAUCUAUUUUACAGAGAGAUGCGUCUUUAUAUCCAUGGGAAUAUUACAGCAUGCGACUUAAUUCUACAUGCUUUAGUAUCUUAAAGACGAAUUUAUGCCUUCAACUGCAACUUAAUGCAUCUUUGUUUGGAUUCACACUUCCCAUUGUGCCUCAUUUUUAUAUCUGCUGAUCAGAUUUCAUUCAAUAACUUAAAUGGUUUAAAUAUGUGCUUUAAGGAAACAGCUCUGCCUCUUUUUUGAACAUUUUACACCCUUACGAUUUUUGUUUUUUAAGUUUAUUUGUCUGCAAAAGCUUCUGCAGGAUCAUCAGUGCUCCGUGAAGGAUUAAUUAUCCGCAGCAAUCAGACUCAUCCAUAUCCAGGGAGUGCAAAGACAGGGGUGUGAAUGUUAAUUUUCAUGCCUAAAUUAUGUGGACUGCAUGUGAAGAGAAGCAGAAAGCAGAGAUGUUUUUCUCCACUGAGACUCUUUUGAAAUAACCACAUUUGACAGCGUCUCAAGGAAAUGCAUAAUGCAGCGAAAGGCUUUGAAAUCUGCGCCGAGUUUAUUUUGAUAUUAAAGUCACAACUUUGCAAUACUGAAGACAGGCAAGACUUUGAGGUAUAUUUAGAGUCUUUUUAUCUAAUAAAAGACCACGCUGCCUGCAAAAAAAAUCCUAAAAUGUGACUGCAAGAAUAACACAGCUGGAUUCGUUUCAUAAACUCCUCUUCCUCACUCAUGUUUUGUCAUGUUUUAGGCUGUGGUGCACACUAAUGUGAUUAAUUUCACAUAAAGCAGCAUUUUUCCUAUUUUUAUAUUCUUCUGUCCUCCUUCUCACUCUUGUCUUCAUUUCAUUUUUACACCUAAAGGUCCAGACUCACCUGGAGAACCCGACCAAGUACCACAUCCAGCGCUCCCAGCAGCAGCAGGUGAAGAGGUACCUGGGAAAGCUUGGCUCUCAGGCAUUGAGCUUGCCCUGCCCCAACCAGUCCUCUGACCACGGGGGCAUGCCGCCAGGGCCGGGCAACAGCGCCCCCAACAGCCCUAUGGCCUUACUGACCCUGAACUCUAACUGCGAGAAAGAGGUGAGCUCUUGUUCAGGCGUGUUUCUUUAAGUGACACUUCAUUAAUGCAGUAAUACUCAUGUGUGAUUUUUUUUUUUCCUUUGCUGUAGAUGGAUGAUGUCAUUGACGACAUUAUUAGUCUGGAGUCCAGUUACAGUGAUGACAUCCUCGGCCUGAUGGACCCAGGACUUCAGAUGGCGAACACGGUGUGUGUUUGUGUGUUUGCUUUUGUCAAAGCAUCCUCAACACAGAGUCUGUACACAGACAAAGAGCCUCCCUGUUUCCAAAGGUCAUAACACAAGGGUUGUUUUUAUGCGUUAAGAGAAAAAAAAAACAUCUACAUUUAUUUUAAACCCUGAAUGGUACCAUUGAAAAAACAAAAUGUCAAGCUUGUGCUUUUGCCUUUGCUGCUCGCUUAGUUUGCUGCAGUAAAUUUAAAAUUAAAAUAAGCUCGGCUGCCUUUUCAGGAGGGGUUACAGACCCCAGCUGUGGUUUCACAAAUUGAAAGAAAUCAUUUGCAGUCCUCUCUUUUCUUGUCACUCAGAGAUGGUUUGAUAACCAGCAGAGACUCGAAGAAAUCCCUGCACCUGGCUGAGAAUCACUCGUCUUAAAAGCACAAAUUUUUGUGUUUGAGGAUUAAACAAAUAAAAAAAAAACAGUUGUUAAUGAGAAUUAAUUAGCUGUUGUGCCAGACUGGCUUUCUGUUUUGAUGCUAAGUAAGGCUAAGUUGAGUGGUAGCUGGUGGUGGCCACACAAAAAAGGUUAGAAUUCUUAGUAAAAAAUCAGAAUUUAAAAAUGUUGAACUAUUCUUUUAACUCGAUUUGAUUCAAUUUUAUUUAGAUUACCAUUAGCUAACAUACCUGGUGGCAACUACUCUUCCUUGGGUCCAUUAAAAAGUCACAUAAAAUAAUCAAACACAUGUAAAAUGAAACUAAACUUCCAAAUAAUAUGAAAAGCUACAAAGUAAAAAAAUAAAAUAAGAUAAAUAGAUAAAUAAAAUUCUAAAAAGAUCAAAUAAAAAAUAAAAUUUUAAAAAGAUUUAAGAAAUUAAAAAAUAUAAAUAAAUAUGUAAAACUUUAAAAAGAUAAUAAAUAAAUAAAUAAAUACAAUUUAAAAAAGAUUAAAAAAUAAAAAUAAAUAAAUAAAUACAAUUCAAAUAAGAUUUUAAAAAAUUAAAAAUAAAUAAAUAAAAUUAAAAAAAGAUUUAAAAAAUAAAUAACAUUUUGAAAAGAUUAAAAAAAAAUAGAAAUAAUUAAAUAAAAUUUAAAAAAAGAGAAAUAAUUAUAAUAGGCUACUUUUGUGUCCAAACUCUUUCCAUAAUUCUUAUUGUGUGGCUGUGAUAGCUGCUUGAUGUCUGCGCUGUGUGUCCUCAGAUCGCUGUUCCUGCCAACCUCAUGGACAUGUAUGGUAACCAGGGAAUGUCCCAGCAAGGUCUGCCCAUCAGCAACUCCUGCCCUGCCAACCUGCCCAACAUCAAAAGGGAAUACUCUGGUAAGAAAAGACUCAUGAACACUUUGUACAUAAUGAUCAGACAGUGAAAACGACAGGAAUGGCUAAAUUAAUGGAAGACUAAAACUAUGAAGGAGACGCUCUUGAUAAAUACUUAAAAAUGGAACAAAGUGAGUACAGUGAAGUCAAAAACAUAUGUAGAAAACAAGUAGGUGUUUAGUUUUAAAUGUCCUCAGAGCUUACUGUUCGAUCCUCUGUCCUCUCUGAGUCUUUUAAAAGUUCAAACGUGUUUUCACAAACAAGAAAGCCACACAUAACUCCCUCAGAAACACGCCGCUCCGGUUGUAAAAACAGAUUUUCCCUCCAAGGUGGAACAUCUGACCAGACAAGGGAAAGUUUCUGUUUAAGAUAGAAAUGACCCAGCGAGACCUAGCUUACCAAAGACCUUAUAUUGUACCGAACAAAACCACUCAUAACUUGAUCUUUUACGCCUAAUUAGCAGUUCUUUUUUGUCUCUUAAGAUUAGUUUGUGUAACUUUGAAAACUGGAGAUUUAUGAUGAAGGAGAAGUUAAAACAACAAUAUGUUCACUACCAUAUUUUUCCAACACAUCUCUAAUUCUUCUUCUUUUUUCUUCUUUGUGUUGUUUUAUCGUUUAGUGUCGCAGUCCCCAGCCAUCAUGCACAUGCUGGAUAAGUCGGGAUCCUGCGGCAAAUUCGACAACUAUCAAAGGCCCGAAGGGUUCCCCGUGGGUACGUGUGGUUAGCUUGCCGCGUGUUCUCGACGCCUCCUCUGCAAUGAUUUGUUGUAUUCGAUUGAUUGAUCUAAAUGUUUCUUCUAGAAGCAGAGGUAAGAGCAAUGGCAAAGGAGAGGCAGAAGAAAGACAACCACAAUCUGAGUGAGUUUAAAGUGAACUAAAACUCCAUAAAUGCACAUGUUAAAAGAAAGUACUUAAACUUCUUUAUUAUUGGCGUGGUUUUAUUUAUAAUUCUCAUGAAUCGUUUUCUUUUUUUCAUCUGUAGUUGAAAGAAGACGACGGUUCAACAUCAACGAUAGAAUCAAGGAAUUGGGAACUUUGAUUCCUAAAUCAAAUGACCCGUGAGUAAUCCCCUUUUGAUUUAAUAUUAGCUGGAAAAAAAUGUGUAAUUACAUUGCUGAAAAGACACCCUUUACUAAUUUGAUUAAAAUGAAAAACACAGAUCAAGUUCUGUGUAAGAAAAUGUAUCCUAAAGUUCAGCUGAAGCUAAUAUGAGGUUUCAGCCAUCGAAAUUAAUCAAAUCAAGUAACCAUGCUCCACAGUUGCAGUCUUGGAUCGUGUAAAAACCGCUUCUUUGUGAUAAAGAGAUUGCUGUCCCUCGAGACACACAGGGAUAUGUUGUACGAAAAAGACUGUAAAGCCUGAAGUGAACUAUCUCAUAUUAAAUCCUCCCAUUGGCUUCAGUUGAUCUCUCGUUUCCUCCAUGUGAGACUUGUUUUCGACAGAUAUCCGAGGGGUGUGAACUUCGGCGAGGCUCGGUUGAUUUCACAGGCUUCAAAGAAGAGUCAUAAAAUAUGUGAAAAGAUGAAAUAUAGAAGUCGGUUGCACAUGAACUGAUUACAAUCAUCUUUAGAGAAAAUCUGUGCAGACUAACCCGCAUGCUCCGAGGUCAGAGGAGACACUUUUCUGUGAGUCCCUGACCCACGACCUUCUAGAGGUUCAGGAGAAAUCCCUGCAGCCCUCCUUUUGUUGUGUCUACCCACCCGAGGCUGUUUUGCUAAACCCCAGCUGGGCUCUCCACCCACAUAUACGCCUCCACACACACACACACACACACUUACUCAAAGGAGCUGAUUUCUUUUCAACCACUAACAUCAGUCAUUCUUAAAGUGACACAUAUACUCACCAGGAUUCAAAAUUCAUUUGUUUGUGAAAUUCUGUUAAAAUAUUCAUGAAACUCCAAACAUAAUCACGAUUUAACAAAUCCUACGUCCUGAGGGCAUCUGACCACGUCGAACCCGGAGUCAUAACCCCUCUCAGACAGAGACAAGUGAGACAUUUGCUCUGUAACAUUUCGCCGGUUAAAAAUAGAUCAUUUCCCCCUCUGGAAAACUUCCACUGCAACCUUUUCUCUGUCAGGAUGUUCAGGGUUAUCCUUAUGACUCCUUGUGAUAUGAGUCCAGGGCAGGAGUCAGUCGUGCAGAAGCACUCGGCCUCUUGUCUGCUGCUCCACCUCUGUGACCUUCUCAUUAAUCUUCUCUAUCUGUGUGGAGCUGGAUGAGUGGUCCAUUGUAGCCCUGGUCAGAUUCGUCUAAACUAGUUUGUGUUUCUGGAAACUGGUGAAGUAAAAGCGAACCCCUCUGAUUUUCAGGGACAUGCGCUGGAACAAAGGCACCAUCCUGAAGGCCUCGGUGGACUACAUCAGGAAGCUGCAGAGGGAACAGCUGAGGACCAAGGAGCUGGAGAGUCGCCAGAAGAAGCUGGAGCACGCCAAUCGACACCUGAUGUUGAGGAUACAGGUACACCGUUUUUCGCAGCUUUGUUUGUUGAGAUUUCAUAAUCACACAAAUAGAUAUAAUAAAUGUGUUAAGAACAGACAACAACCAGAACUAAACAGGACAUGGAGGGACAGCUGUUCACACCAACACCAGCUGAGAAACAUUGAUUGAACACACUGAGUUUGUCAGUGAGGAAUAAAAAACCUCUGAAUGUUUGUUCGAAGAAAAAGGAUCAGUCAUUCACAGAAGCGGAUUUAAACCGAAAAAGUCAAUAAACCAUUUCCUAGAGUAAACUCAGCCUUCCUAAAAACGCUCCAAUAUGAUUUAAUCCGGUCAAAAAUACGAGGUUUUGAUGCUUAGACUGAAGAACCGGCCGAUAGUGAUACACUUCAGACACCUUAUGUGUGAAAAAUAUGUGCAAAGAAGUGGUGGAAAAACUCUUAAAGGGAUAUUUCUGUAUUUUUUAAGUGUUGUUGUAAGAGUUGCAUGAAACUAAUAAGUGCAGUCAGCUUUGCCCCAGCAGAAACACAACAGUAGGUAUGCAAAUCCUGCUAAUUUAGAGAGACUUUGAUCCAAACACUCAUCUCGAUUCAAGUGUGCACUCUACUGUGAUUUCUUUCUGUGUGUUAGAUGUGUUUUUGCUCUCUUAAAGGGAUAUUCUGGUACAAAUAAUGCUCAGAACAGCACCUAACUUCAUCAACAGUACAUAUAGGGUCCCAGACACAUCUUUAAAUUUGCCUAAUUUCUUUAGUUAAGAGACGAAACACAACUCACCUACUCUCCUCCAGCAGCCGCUUGUUUGUAGCGAGACCUCAGGCCAGUACAUUACGGACUUCAGAGGGACGACGCAGCUCAAGGAAGAACAUUUAUGAUCAUUUCUUCAUGGAAAUCAAUCAGAUCAAGACGAGGCAGAAGAACUACUGCAUCUGCAGUGCAAAAUGAUUAAAAUGGUGAUUAUUACUUCAAGAAAAUGAUAAAGAAAUGGUCAUAAAUGUUCUUCCUUGAGCUGCGUCACCCCGCUGUUGUCCAUAAUGGACUGGCCUGAGGUCUCGUUACAAACAAGCAGCUGCUGGUAGAGAGUAGGUGAGUUGUGUUUAGUCUCUUUGCUAAGGAAAUAAGGCAAAGUUAAAAAGAUGUGGCUAGUGCUAUAGCUGGGACCCUAUAUGUACUGUUGAUUAUUUGUGGCUAUAGAGUGGCGUUUUGGUUGAGGUUUGUUUAUGGCUCCUCAGACCGCUGUGUAUUGCUAUCCUGUGGUCGUUACUGAAGUUGAUAUAACUAGAGAAGCAAGCAGUUGGCAACAUUCAUCUCUCGAGGGGGUGUCUAACUCGGUGUUACGGUGUGUUUGACCCUAAAUUAAUUUUACACUGGAAUAUCCCUUUAACACCCUUUGCUGGCAGCAUAUUGUACUUUGGAGACAGAUACUGAGACUUUUAGAGGGAGAAGGCUGGACCACCACUAGUGCAAGUCCAGACAAACAUCUCUGGGUGAAAGUUAAACACCUGAAAUACUGAUCUGUGUUUUUGUAUGCUUGUCUGUGUUUUGCAGGAGUUAGAGAUGCAGGCUCGAGCUCACGGUCUCGCCAUCGCCUCUUCAGCCCUCUGCUCAGCUGAACUGGGAGCCCGGACCAUUAAGCAGGAGACCGCUCUGGAGGACUGUCACCAGGACCUGUACACUCUCCACCCUCACCACCAACACCACCAGGCCUGUACCCCAGAGCCGCCCGGCGCCCUGGAGCUAAACGAGGGCCACUCUAACUUCCCUGAGGGUCACUACGGCGUCCACGGCAAGACAGGCUCCAAACUCAACGACAUCCUCAUGGAAGACACCUUAUCCCCGGUGAGAGGGGGGGACCCUUUGCUCUCGUCCGUCUCCCCAGAUGCCUCUAAGGACAGCAGUCGCAAGAGCAGUGUAAGCAUGGAUGAGAACGAGCAGGGCUGUUAGCACCCCCUGCUGGAAGACACCUCGCCUGCAUCUGCAACCCCUCAAUCCUGCUGUCCUUGUCAGCAGCUAACACACUCCCAGCUGCUGAAGAGGUUUCACACCAUUUUGUUUUUACUGUUUUAUUUUGUUUGUUUGUUUGUUUUUUUCUCCCACUUUUGUUUACACGUAUUGAAUCUUCUCCGUUUAUUUUUUUUGUUAGUUUUUAUAAUAUCUCUGCUUUUUUGAAGCCCUCCAUCUUGAUUUCAAGGACUGAUUUUGAAGUAAUUUUGCUUUAAUCAACACUUUGAUGACAAUGAGAUACGAAAAUAGAAGUUUUUAUAUUUAAAAAAAAAUAUGCAUUUAUCUUUGGAUAGAGGCUAGAUGAUGUUUAUUUCUAUUGAUUCCAAAGAAUCUAGGGAAGUUUUAAAUCAUGGUCAGAAGUGUAGAUAUUUAACGGUGAGAUGAACACUGCUUUUUAAAUCAAUAGCAAUAAUAGAAGAAGAAAAUAAAUCUAUUUAUUUUAGUGCUUUACACUCCCUGUGUCUUAGAUUAAACUUGAAUGUGUCGAUGCCUUAUGAAGAUGUGUAUACAUCCUUGUUGUUUUGCUAUGCACAUAUUUUGGCUCUUAGCUGCGUCUUUGUCGGUCCUCCUGUUGAAAUUCUUUCCCUGACAAAUAUAAAAUCACCUGUAGAUUUGAUCUAAUUUAUGUAUCUAUAAAAACAGGACUUUAUUCACACAUUCCCGAUUAAAAAAAAAGGUAAAUGUACAACAAGGCAUUUGAAGGAGCCUUGUGAGAUAAUGAGAAAUAAAAGCACAUCAAAUUAUGAACUUUAAAUGUCUCUUUUCAGGCAGUUAAAACGUGCAAAAUUUGUUUUGAUACUGGCAUUUUUCAGGCUUUAUUCAGUGUCAAAAUGAACAAGAAGCAGCAUAAUAAUGGAUGGUCCUGUUCUGACUGCUCAGCAAUGUGUAUCUGACAUGUUAAGAAUAUAUAUUUUUCACAAAAAUGAUGACAUUUUGCAAAAAAAAAUACUAAAAAAAAAGUUUUUGUGUAUAUAUUUAAGUCUCGAAACUAUGAAAAUCUUGGCUCAAAUCAAAGUUAGAAAGCCUGCUGUAGCCCUGACACAUGCACACAAAGCUGAUUUCACUUGAUAGAUCUGAUUGUUUCGUAAUCCUUUAAAUUUUAAUCUAAUCUGAUUAACCCAAAAAAGAUGAAUCACUUCAGUUUUUUAUUGUAUUGUCGUCUGGAGUGAUCGGACUGAAACCGAACUGCUACACACGGUUAAACCUUUCAGCCAUGUGUUGAAACAAGUGCUCAGUUUUUAUACUUGUCCAUCCAUUUCCUAAAUUAUUGUUUUUUUUACAACACUGUGGUGACAUUUUACAUUCAGUAAGCUUUUUUUUUUCAUUAUGUGAACAUUUGUAUUGCCAAGGAGUAUAAGGAGACUGCUUUUGUAUGAAAUGCAUGAUGUUGUCCAACACUGGAUUGACCUCUGUAAAACGUGGUUUGUACGCCUUUUUUUUUUAUCAAAGCAUAAACUAACUGUUGUACCGGCUCUUUAAAAACAUACAUAGUUUUGUAUGAGAUUGUAGACUCUUUCAUUGUGCAGACGUUAUAAUGCAGCAGUUUUCAGCAGUUGUAGCACAUUGCAUAUGUAUGCCUUUGUUCAGACCUACCUGCCAUACAUGAAGAGCCCUGUUGAAGCGCAGCCUCCGUUUUUUUUAAACUAUGCAACGGUUGUAGACAAUGUGAUCUCCUUAUGAAUUAGUCUGAAAAAACGUCAAAGUAAUUACCUUGUUGAUUGAUUUAAGUGCCUUACUGUUGUUUAUUCUGUUAUCCUGGUGGUGUAGGAGGAGUUUUAGACAAUGAUGCAACAUUUUGUUAAUGUUUAUACAGUGUUUGGUGCUUCAUGGUUACACUGAAGAGUGCCAAGAUACAGUAGAGAAUAGUAGGAAAAGGCCUUUUGUAAGAACAAGAAAACACUUAAAGCCUCUUAGAACUACAAGAAAGGGUUUGUCAUUAAAGAACCCCGAAGUGCUCAGUAUUAAAUAAGUGAUUAUUUAACAUUUAAUCAGAGAUGGAAAUAGAUUUUAAAGUCAUUAAUUAACCGCAGAAUUUUGAGAUUACCCGAUAAAUUUGUAAAAAACCUGUGAUUAUUAUUUAAAUCAUAUUCAAAAAUUCAUAGCAACACUUGUUAUUUUACUUGUGUAAUUGUGAUUAUUUAUUUCACACAUCUUCAUUUGAUAUUGAACACUUUGGGAUGGCUGUGCGCUCUGUUUUUAUUUUUUUUGUUAUUGUGAAGGCAGUGUUUCCAAAGUUGAACUGAAUAUUUUGCAUCCUCUUUAGACUAGCAUGAAUGUAGCUCAAAGUGAUGACUGCCAAAUGUGUUGUUGCCAAAAUCGGAUAAAGUUAGUUUAUUUAACAGUUUAAAUAGCUUCUUCUUUCUCUUUUUUUUACGGUGUAGCAAAAGCACUUCUGAUAGCAUUGGUAUCCCUCUAUAGUUGCAAACAAACGCUAAAACAUGAUGGCAAUCGGGUCUUUAAGUACAGACAGGCAAUUUUUAUUGCCAAAUUAAAUUUUUUUUUUAAAAGUAGUUGAGGAUCUGUUGGUAAUUCCAGUUUCAACUGCAUCUUAAAGCAGGGUUCCUACGCAAGUAUGGAAAAGUAUGGAAGUAAUUUGAUCAAUUUCCAGUUCCUAAAGAGUAUGGUAAAUGAAAAAUAAAGUAUGGAAAAAUAUUUAUGUUAACAGACUAUAUUACCACAGUUAUAAAAUACUCUUUCUAAAAUAGAAAAGUAGGUAUUUCCAAAAAUAAUUCUAAAAAGUAGAGUAUGGAAAAGUAUGGAAAUUCCAACUGUGUAGAAACCCUGUUAAAGCUCCUGUGAGGAACUUUUUGUUUGUGUUGAUUCUGGCGCCCCCUGUGGACAAAGCAGCACCUGUACAUGGAGAAGUCCUGUUUCCAACAAAUAGUAUUUCACUGUUAUCAUCUUUGUCAUGGAAAUUUUAAAAAAUACCACUUAGGUAUUACCCGACGCUACCCCCUACCAUGAUUCUAGACAUUACAAUUAUUGGUAACACUUUACAAUAACCAUUAUCUAUCAAUGGUCAAUAGAUAAUUUAUUAAUGUUUAAUCAUCAUUUAAAAACAGCAUAUAGACCAAUUAUAAAUGGCAAAUAGUUUAUGAAUGUAAGUGAAUAGUUACUUUACCAUUAACAAGCCAUGAAAUUAUGAUUAAUAAUUUUCAUUAUUUAUUAAUGGACUAUUUAUUAAAGGUUUAAAUGUUGGUCGUAAAACAUCUAGAUUAAAAUAUGUGUCAGUAGAACUUUGUAAAUGAUUAAUAAGUGGUUUAUAAACCACCUAUAAACAUAACUAAGAUGGUUAUUGUGAAGUUAGGGUUAGGGUUAGGUUUUUAAAAGUAUAAGAUUUACAAUUUAUUAAUGGUCUAUAUGCUAUUUAUAAAUGGUCUAUUUACCAUUUAUAUGUUAUGGUCAUUGUAAAGUGUUACCCAAAUAUUAUAGUACAUAAAUAAUCAAUCCUGAGGCAUCAAUAUGAAUGUCAGUCUAUUUAGAAAGAAAACCCUCACAGGAGCUUUAAGUUUUAUAUUGAAGUUGAACUGAAGCUGCAGAAAGGCCCUAAAAGUGACACCAAAAUCCACAUACUGAGCCUUAAUAGAGCAAUACACACAGGCCUGUAACACUGCCAUCUGACUGAACCCAGAUCCACUUUUUUUUUUACUGAGUAGAUAGAUCAGCUAAACCUCAAAAAUGUGACAGAUUAGAAGGAACAUCAGCAUCACAUUAUGGGUCAACCACUACUGAAGACCUCUCUCUUCUGCUCACUCUCAUUCCUGUGGUUCACGCAGACGUCCUCCUCUGCUGAUGUUGCUACUGUUCUUAUUGUUACACUUUGUAUGACAUGAAUGUAGCAAUAGUUACUGUACGCACUGGUUUCAGAUUAGUGAGUUUGAACUCGUUGGUACUCAAUGUGGAACUGUCAUGUGAGAAAUAUUAAAAGUUUUAUUUGAAUGUUUAAA